AGUAGCUUUUAUCAUACACAUUUGAGAUGCGUGCAAAUACAAACAUUCUUUCUCUUCUUUACCGAAAAUUUAUGCCGACUUCAUAACGCUUCCUUCCUGAAAAUCUAAGCUCUCAUUCUUCUCUUCUUUUGCCGAAUCUGUAACGAUGAUGCCUUUGCAAUUCUUGCCGGCAACGAUGAUGCCUUUGCGGGGAAGAGGGAAGUUUCUAGGUCAAUUUACGGAUCUCAGGGUCGAUGUCGUCCUCGGAAAUACAGUGUACAAGAGAGAUAAUUAUGAUAUGAAUUUCGUACUCAAUCCAGGGCCUUAUCUUCAAGGGGAGGAUAAAGUGAAGAAAGAGGUCUUAGCAUGUGUUGAUAAAUUAGAGAAGAGGGGGAAAAGAGAGGGCAGUCUUCAAGAAAUUGAGCUUGCAGGUGUCAAGUAUUUCCAUCACGGUGACUUGAAAGAGUUCACACAUGAUACAAAACAAAAAAAUCUUCUGGGAAAGACCCUUUUUGGUAGAAUUUUGAGAGGGCGCGAUUGCAAUGGGAAUGAGAUCAUAAUUAAGACUUGGGAUGUCUAUGCCCCUAUAAGUCGAUUGAUGGUUUUGCAUCCUUAUGCACUUUGUGAUGAGGUGGCCUUUCUUACCAAAGACGAGUGUUUGGGUGGUUUUGGACGCCAUCGAAAUCUUCCCAACCUAGUUGGUUACACAUUUGAUAAUACGUUUGCCGUCAUCUAUCAAAUGAAUAUCAAGAAUUCUCUUCUGUCUAUGCUUGACUCGGACGAGCUCGACUGGAAUACUCGACUUGAUAUUGCUAUUCAAGUUGCAAAGUUGAUAAUGGACUUCCAUAGUAAGCUUGUCCACGUCGGGGGUAUUGAUGUUUCCAAUAUGCUUAUUGAUGAGGAAUGGAAUGUCAAACUUUGCGAGUUUGGUCUCCGAUCUCAUGUAGGAGUGGCUGAGAGGCGCAGAAUCACUUGGGUGUACACUGGGGGAUCAUAUGCUACUUAUAUUCCUGAAGUGAACUGUUCAGGAGGUAAAUUCGUCUUGAAAUCCGACAUUUAUGCAUUUGGAAUUUUCCUCAUGGAACUGAUUUGUAAAGUGAAGCCAACAGCUGGUGAUGCCUUAUGGGAGGGGAGGAUGGGAUGGUUUCUACAGGGUUGGGCUAUUCGCCACAUGGAUACACCAGGGAUUAAUUUUGUGGAUCCAUCUCUCACAGAUGAUCUCGAGGAUGGUAUUGAAAUCACUAACUUGGUAAAACUUUGUUUUCAAGAGGAUCUUCAUUCACGUCCGUCAGCGGCACAUCUUUUGAAGGUGUUAGAAAAAGUGAAGCAAAGAGCUGCAAACAAGAAACCCAAACUGAUUUGAUUCUCUAUGUGGCUGUUUGAUUUCUCGUUAUUAUGUCGAGAUUUCAAGUCAUGUAGCGACCCCACCUAGUGGGAUAAGACUUGGCGGUUGUUGUUGUUAAUGUUGUUGUUGUUGUAUGUCGAGAUUCCAAGAUGCCAAAUGAUUUGGUGCUGCUCAUAGCCAGCUUCAUGUGAUAACGUAAAAAUUAUUUCUUUUGAGCAUGCUUAGAAGAUGUUGGUUUGGUGGACAUCUUAGUUAAAAACCCUGAUCUGGUCCUUAUGUUGACUUUGUUGAUAUAUUUGUUCAAUGAAUUUGGAUUGUGGUA